AUGCAGCAUACAGAAGAAGAACCGGUCGGUUCGAAGCCCAUGAAAGUGGAAAGCGGUAGUGGAACAAAGCUGAUCGGGACAUUGGAAAAUUUCGUUCCCAGUGCCGACUUCGACGAUUACCUGGAGAGAGCAGAGAAUUUUUUCGAAUUGAACGAGAUCACGGAUACUACGUUCAAGCGCAAACUGAUUGUGCACUUCAUCGGUUUGCCGGCGUUGAAGAAGUUGCAGCAGUUGUUAUAUCCUCAAACGCACAAGGAUGUAACCUACGAGGUAGUGAUCGAGAAGCUGAAAUCGUACUUCAGCUCCAAGAAGAACCGGAUUGCCCAAUCGGUGGAGUUUUUCAAGCGGAACCAGAAGGAUUUUGAAAAAUUCCUGGAUAAGGCGCUCAGGGACAAGUUCAUAGCUGGCCUUCGGAAUGCCAAAAUCCAAGGCGAGCUAAUGAACAGCGAGGACGGUACCACGUUCGACCAGGCAGUAACCAAAGCGAAAAACCUGGAGCAGAUCGACGAGGACUUGGUGAGGAUGAAAACGAAGCAGGAAUACGCCAACCGGAUCAAUGCAGGACAGUACAUGCGACGGAGCCGUUCGAAAACACGUGGUCAGGAUGAAGACAAGCGCAACAAGCACGGGGGCCCGGCGAAGCGGUCGCAAUCAGGACGAAACCAGAAAAACCACGGUAAGAAGGAGUAUACGUGCUACGGCUGUGGCAAGAAGGGACACAUCAUCCGGAAUUGCUGGAGGAAGCGGAACAUGAAUGGACUGGCGUGCAGUGAGGACGAACUGGAUCUACAGGAGCCCGAUUACGAGACGGAGCUCAACCACAUGGCGAAUCUUCCCUUGUUCAGGAAGCUAUGA